AAACUCGUCCAAAAACUCGACCUCAGCGAUGAUCAUCAAAAGAGCCAUGUAUUCUCGUCGUUCAGUGUACUGCCAUCAUUGGGAAAUGUGGCCAUCGCCGUGAAUGACUUGACGGACGGCAAUUUACGCUUCGUAAUUCGAUACUUUAUCGCCAACGUGAGUGCCCUCGUCGAUCUUUCCUCAAAGUCCAUGGACUCAGGACUUUUCAAGCAAGUCGGGGCAGAGAAAAAGCUGAAAUUCGCUGUAAUCAAGAGGAGAUGGAGCGACGCUGAUAACGACCAGCUUGACGAGGCUGUUAGAGCCGAGUUCCGACGAGCUCAUGAGGAAAAUCAACGUUCUUCACAGAAAAUCGCCCGCCAUCCGGUUGAGUCGGCAUGGAAAUACCGAACGAAAGAUGGAAGCAAGUUAAGCGAUUUUUGGGCUAACUCUACCGAUCCCCGGGGCUGUGGGCCGUGCGUUGGCGGUCUCCCGGUGCCAGCCUGCACUACCUACACCACGUUCUCACUGAUGACGGAUACUGUUCGUCUGCAUGUGGAACGGGUAUCUCAGAGUGAAAUCGAGUUAACGGCUCGAGUAUGCGUGGAUGAGCUUGAAGAGGAGCAAGCCGCAGCACCAGCUAAACUCCUCUGGCCAUUUUUAGCUGUGGCACUGAAGAACAUGUUGAAUCAUCUGGACGAACACCAAUUCCUCCAGUACACGAUCGAAUUGAUACCGUACGGAAACUCAUUCUUCGAGCCACCUCACUUAGCUCGAGUAUUUGACCUUGCUUUGUUCAUGGGAACGGCAUGCGAGUACGGUAAAGUGGCGUUCCGAAAUAACGACCAGCUUCACAAUGUGGAUUUGAAGAAACUUUUACCAGGUGAUUUCACAAGAGUCAUGUCGAUCUUAUUGUUCUAUUCGGAAGUUAGAAUCGGUUUUUGCUCUGAAAGCCGCCUUCCGGUUGGAUCGGCAUGGAAAACCGAUCGAAUGGAACAGUUAAGGCGAUGGCAAACGAUCCCUGCACUAACGUACACCACUUUCUCACUUGAUGACGAUAUUAAACCCAUAAUGGAUUCAUUUUUCAAUGAAAUGGUACGACUUGCUAUUGACGAUAGCCACGAACGCUCUGUUCCGAAUAAACCUCCAGUGCUUCACUGGACUCCUGUUCCCCUUGAUAUGGAAGUGCAGGUGCUUCUACGACUCAGCUUCCCAUUGGCUGCCCCUGAUCAACCUCAGUCAUGUUCGUCCUCUUACGAAUGGACAGAUGGAGUACUUCUCACUGCGGAGCCAGUUCGUCUGCAUGUGGAACGGGUAUCUCAGAGUGAAAUCGAGUUAACGGCUCGAGUAUGCGUGGAUGAGCUUGAAGAGGAGCAAGCCGCAGCACCAGCUAAACUCCUCUGGCCAUUUUUAGCUGUGGCACUGAAGAACAUGUUGAAUCAUCUGGACGAACAUCAAUUCCUCCAGUACACGAUCAGAAUGAUUACCACACCGUACGGAAACUCAUUGUCGAGCCACCACACAUCACUUAGCUCGGUAUUAACAAAAAGCUUUGUUCAGAAUGGAACGGAUGCGAUACGUAAAGUGGCGUUUCCGAAUAUAACUCUGGAACCACCACGACCGAAACGGGCCCAGCACCCGAACAGCAUCGACGAGUCAACCGCGUCAAAGAAAAACGGCGAUAUCAAAUCGAAUGUUACUGGUUUAGCUGUCUCUCACAAUCGAGGACGCCGAGUUUCUUUCGGCUCGAUUAAACUGAUCAACGAAAAUAACGAGUCGGUGAAAGGAGUUGAUCAAUACGUCGACGACAUGUUGAAGCAGACGAUGGAUCACCUCGUGUUGUAG